AACCGAGGACCUUUUCUGGGGGAGCAAUUGCUCCAAAUUACUACACUAGUAGGUCUUUUGCCUGUAAAAACUUGUUAAAAUGAAAGAAUCUACACAAUGGAAGUGGGAAGGUUACCAAUCUCAGCAUCACAGAGAGGCAAACUGAUAUCAGCAGGCUAUACCACUCUCGCUUCGCUCUCAUCUCUCUCUUCCUCCGACCUUGCUCGAGAUCUAAAAAUUCCAGAGAGUGAAGCUUUUGAAAUCCUGAAGGUUGCAUCACACGACUGUAGGUUGGACCAACCAGAUAAAAGUAAUGGCAUUUUCACUGGUGCACAAACUGCUUGGGAAAUGCUCCAUGAGGAGCAAUUAUUUCCACGCAUCACGACAUCUUGUGCUGAUCUAGAUAACAUCCUUGGUGGGGGAAUUAAUUGCAAAGAAGUUACCGAAAUUGGUGGAGUACCGGGCAUCGGUAAAACACAGCUGGGCAUUCAACUUGCAGUGAACGUGCAAAUUCCAGUUGAUUUUGGUGGCCUAGGUGGAAAGGCAGUAUAUAUUGAUACGGAAGGCAGCUUUAUGGUGGAGCGGGCUCUACAAAUUGCCGAAGCUUCUGUAGUGGACAUGUCACAUUACAAUGAGCUUCUGUGGAAGGAACUUCGAACUUGCCAAGUUGAAAUUCAGCCUACUGAUAUCUUGAAAAACAUUUUUUAUUUCCGCAUCUGCAGUUAUACGGAGCAGAUUGCCCUGAUAAAUCACUUAGACAAAUUCAUCUUGGAGCAUAAAGAUGUUAAGAUUGUGAUUAUUGAUAGUGUUACUUUUCACUUCCGCCAAGAUUUUGAGGACUUGGCUCUCAGGACACGGUUACUUGGUGGAAUGGCUUUAAAGUUGAUGAACCUUGCAAAUAAAUAUAAUCUGGCGGUUGUCAUAUUCAAUCAAGUGACCACUAAGCAUAAAGAAGGUUCAUUCCAAUUAAGUCUUGCAUUGGGUGAUAGCUGGUCACAUUGUUGCACAAACCGAGUCAUACUGUAUUGGAACGGUGAUGAACGAAAUGCACACAUAGACAAGUCGCCUUCUCUGAAAUCAGCAUCAGCUCCAUUUUCUGUGACCAGGAAAGGGAUUAGGAAUUCUGCUUCAAACCAUAAGCGAAUCAAAUUGAUGUAAGAUUUUGAAUUAGAUGAAGUCUAUGCAAUGUUUCAUAUUAUUUAUAUUGUAUGCAGCAUGCCUAUUCCAUGUGUACCUUCUGUGUUGUAAGGGAACUAUAAGAAACAUUGCUUAGACUAAAUUUAUGCUCCCAUUUUAUUA